AUGGUUCACCCUUGUACAGUACAGCGGGUGUGGGAGCAAUGCAAAAGGAGAGGAACCGGUGGCAUGUGGAUGGGCACCACUAUCUUCCAACCAGUGCAGCCAGGGUCGGUGGUUUUGAGGCCUCGUUUGGAGUCAAAGGCCUUUGUGCAUCUCGGCUCCAGCAUUUUGCAUUCCCCGCCCCGCGCACCUCUCAACACCUCGAUCUACAGCUUCGCUUGUAAAGUCGCAAUGGCUGUGAUCGACACUGUGCCAUCUCUCGAAGAGCUGUCGCUGGCUGAUGUGUGCGGACAACAGUGCAUGCCCGGGAUCGAGACAAACCUGGCGCGCUGGGCAAGAGGAGCGCAAGGCGGCCAUAGCCUGCAGGAUUCCCGCGAGACCUCCAGCGCCAUUUUCCACGAGCAGGCACGGAAAGACAGGUAUCACCCCUAG